UGAGUAUGGCGGCGUCAAAGGUGAAGCAGGACAUGCCUCCUCCCGGGGGCUACGGCCCCAUCAAACGGAACCUGCCCCGUAGAGGAUUGUCUGGCUACAGCAUGCUGGCCAUGGGCAUCGGGACCUUGUUCUAUGGGUACUGGAGCAUGAUGAAGUGGAAUCGAGAACGCAGGCGCCUGCUGAUUGAGGACUUGGAGACCCGCAUUGCCCUGAUGCCACUGUUCCUGGCAGAGAAGGACCGGAGGGUCUUGCGGAUGCUUCGGGAGAAUCUGGAGGAGGAAGCCAUCAUCAUGAAAGAUGUACCUGAUUGGAAGGAGCUGUACGGGCUGCGCACCACCAAGGAGCUUGACAACGCCAACUAUGGCUACGUGUGCUACACAUAAGGACCUGUGCCCUCAACUACCUGGAUACCGCCCCUCCCCACUAGGAGAGAAUAAACAGUCUAGAGACAAAA